GUCAGUUUGUUUAUUCAACAAAGAAUUUAAAAAAACAACAACAAGAAAAAAACAAAACAAAGAAAGUGUGUUUAUUUAGUUUGUUUAGGCAUAACUGAAAUUGAAGUUCUUUAUCUUCUGAUCAAAAGUCCUUUCCGAAAAAACUGCGUAGUGUUCCUUUAAAUUUAGAUUGAUUGUUUAUGGCAAGAAAAUCUUGUUGUUGAACAUUGUUGUUGUUUUUGUGGAUUGGAUAAUAAUAAUUUUCCAUUAAAACAGAAGAACUCAAACUCACCAAAACGUCCAUGAGCUACAGAACAAGUGCAGUGACGCAGCGACGUAUUAAAAUACUAUAAAUUGCUGGGGUAUUGUGGACAUAUUGUGGCGAUAAUCCGUGUGUCAUGGCUGGAUCAGUGUAAAUCACUGGGGGGGGGCGGUGAGGGGAGGGCUGAACCGACGACGUCCGCUCCGCUCCGUGUCUCCUGGUCGGGUCGGGGUGGGGUGGGGUGGGGGGGCUGACCAGGAAACAAACCGGAUGAAUAAUACACCGUGUCGGCGGUCACAUGUUGUGCAGCAGGCUCCUGAAUGAUUUAAAGCCUUUUUACAUCAUCGGCCUCACCCUCCCCACCUCCAUCUCCUCCCCUCUCCUCCUCCUCCUCCUCCUCCUCCUCCCCUCCCGUUGAUGCACCGCGCAGCCCGGAGAUGCUGCUGCUGAUGCUGGCGAGCCGCGACUGCAGCAUCCGACAUGGGCAUCCUUUAAUCCGGGCCGUGCCACACAAAUAACUUACCCUCUCACCAUGUGGAGAAGGAAUCCCGCUGAACCACAACAAGAGAGUUGAGAAAAAGCCGAGGCAACGGCACCAAGACGACGUCAGAUCUUCUGAAACUUCCAUCGUUCAGAGAAGGACUAACUGAUCGUCCAUAGAGCUGCACAUUGUUGUUUUCACAAGACCACAGUGAAAGAAUCCCACUCUUCCUUGUGAAAACUCUUCCCCCUGUGACUCUGACCCUUGACCUUUACCCCUCACUAUGAGCGGUCUGGUGGGGAAGCUGGACCCUCGGAGGGUGCAGUGGGGCGCGGCAUGGAACACCUUUGCGUCCCGCGUCCUGAGGACCAAACCUGUGGAGUCCAUGUUGGAUUCAGCCAUGACAGGGACAAGCUCGCAUGGGACCAAGCUGGCCCGGGUCUUAUCUACAGUGGACCUGGUGUCGCUGGGUGUGGGCAGCUGCGUCGGGACUGGGAUGUAUGUGGUCUCAGGGCUGGUCGCCAAAGAGAUGGCCGGACCGGGGGUCAUUGUGUCCUUCAUUAUUGCCGCUGUGGCCUCCAUACUGUCAGGAGUGUGUUAUGCAGAGUUUGGCGUGCGGGUGCCUAAGACCACAGGUUCGGCCUACACGUACAGCUACGUGACCGUGGGCGAGUGCGUGGCAUUCUUCAUCGGCUGGAACUUGAUUCUGGAGUAUCUGAUUGGGACGGCAGCGGGGGCGUCGGCUCUCAGCAGCAUGGCGGACUCUCUGGCCAAUCACAGCAUCAGCAACUUCAUGAUUACACACAUCGGAACGCUCAACGGUUUGGGUAAAGGGGAGCAGUCGUACCCAGACCUGCUUGCGCUGCUGAUAGCACUGCUGGUGACGGUGAUAGUUGCACUGGGAGUGAAGAACUCUGUGGGCUUCAACAACGUGCUGAACGUCAUCAACCUCAUAGUGUGGGUGUUCAUGAUGAUCGCCGGACUGUUCUUCGUCAGUGGAGAGAACUGGGACGAGGGGCGGUUCCUGCCCUUUGGCUGGUCGGGGGUGAUGCAGGGAGCAGCCACCUGUUUCUACGCCUUCAUCGGAUUUGACAUCAUCGCCACAACGGGAGAGGAGGCCAAGAGUCCCAACACCUCCAUCCCCUACGCUAUCACUGCCUCCCUCAUCACUUGCCUCACUGCAUACGUUUCCGUUUCUGUGAUCCUGACCCUGAUGGUGCCGUACAACGAGAUUGAUGCAGAUGCCCCGCUCAUGGAGAUGUUUGCCGUGCAUGGCUGUAUGUUCGCAAAGUACAUAGUGGCGGUGGGCUCCAUAGCCGGACUCACUGUGUCCCUCCUGGGCUCUCUGUUCCCCAUGCCAAGGGUCAUCUAUGCCAUGGCGGGGGAUGGCCUGCUGUUCAAAUUCCUGGCCAACGUGUCUUCCUACACAGAGACCCCUGCUGUUGCCUGUGUGGUGUCGGGUUUCCUGGCUGCACUGCUGUCCCUCCUGGUCAGCCUCAGAGACCUCAUAGAGAUGAUGUCCAUAGGAACCCUGCUGGCCUAUACCCUGGUGAGCCUUUGUGUCCUCCUAUUGCGUUACCAGCCUGAGGGCGACAUCCAUGGCUUCGUCAACUUUCUCUCUGAGGAGCAGAACAACAAGAGGAAGGAAGGCGUUCUGGCCGAGUGCGAGAAGGACGCCUGUUCACCAACAAGCGAAGCAGACGAGUACGGAGGUGCGCCCACCAACACCUGUGGAGCCAAAAACCUGCCGUCGCUGGGCGACAACGAGAUGCUCAUAGGAAAACCAGACAAAACCGCCUACACUGCCAGCCACCCAAACUACGGCACAGUGGACAUGACCACUGGCAUCGAGGCAGAGGAGUCAGAAGGCGGGGUGUCCCGGCGGUUGAAGAAGCUCAUUGGACCCCGCUACUACACCUUGAGGAUCCGAUUGGGCCUCCCUGGAAAAAUGGACAGGCCAACUCCGGCCACGGGGAAGACCGUCACCGUGUGUGUGCUGCUCCUCUUCAUCUUCAUCUUCGCUUUCUGCUCCUUCAUCAUUUUUGGAUCGAGCUUUAUUGGGGAGGGUCGCUGGUGGGCUUUGCUGCUAUUAGUCAUCUUCAUCAUCAUCCUCGCCCUGCUCGUCAUCAUCAUCCUCCAGCAGCCAGAGAACCCUAAGCGGCUGCCCUACAUGGCUCCCUGUGUGCCCUUUGUACCUGCUUCGGCCAUGCUGGUCAACAUCUACCUCAUGCUUAAACUGUCGGCCAUCACCUGGAUUCGAUUUUCAAUCUGGUGCUUUGUGGGUGUGCUCAUCUACUUUGGCUAUGGCAUGUGGAACAGUACGCUGGAGAUAACCGCCAGAGAGAACGAGGUGCACGCCUCCACCUACCAGCGCUACGACCAAGGUGUGGACGAAGGCUUCUGUGGCUUUGACGACGAUUUCUACCCGCCUACUACUGACCAAUGGGGUGCGCCAAAGGGGGGGUCGGGGCUCACCCCGCCCCCUGAGGCAAAACCUGAAAGUGGUGGGACGCCAUCGAAAGGCGGAGGCAGGACCAUUGCCAAUCAUGGCCUCGCCGAGGAGGAUCCGAUGGAUUUCUGAAGGGACUGACUCUGUGUUACCCUGAAUGUACUGCCUUGUCUGCUGCCUGGGGAGAGGGAGGGGAACUGUAGCGUGAGUGCAUGGAUGACUCUGUGUGUGUGUGUGUGUGUGUGUGUGUGUGUGUGUGAGCGUGAGUGCAUGCCUGCAUGUGUGUGUGUUUGUGUGUGUAUUUGUCUGUGUGUCUUACCCUUGGGCUAGAUAGUUUCUUGGCAGUGGAACAGACUUUUGUUCACCUUACUCGACCACACUCGGCUCCUCAGCGCACACAGUGAAUGUGGACGUCAAGGUCACGAGUGUCAUGUCACAAUCGCUUGUUGUUCAGUUACUGGUGUCCACAUGUCCCACAAAAGAGAAAAGGCCACACAGAGAAGUGCGGACGUAGCAGGAGAUAAAAUAUAAUGUGUCUAGCUGUAACUGUGACACAUUGUGUUCAGCAAGCUGUUAGUAAUGUAAGAAUUUACGGGAUACGAGCGAGGAGGAGGUGAUGAGGGAGGGACAGAUGAAUCAGCAACUCUCUUCCUGUUUCAACCUAGACUGACAGGAAAUCUAGAUGACAGCAUGCCAGGCCCAAACUAUUUCCUCAUGUACAGGUUUGACUUUCUCUGUUCAUUUUAUGUUCAACACACAGGAAAUAAAAAGAAACACAAAAAUCGUCCUGACAAAAAAAAAAGAAAAAGAAAAAAAAAAGCUGCUUGUGGCUGUCUUUAAAUCUACUCACCCUGACCCCUUAACUUCUAGCCCAAGGGAUUCAGGACAGGACUGGGACGAGGGUGUUGAUGUUUUCUGUCACAAAUAGUACUUGGACUUUGCUUGCAAUAGUGCCUUCAUCUACUGUAUGUGUGUGUGAGUUUUUCAGAUUACGUCUGUUUUUCUACUUUAAUUUUGCCUGUGUAUGUGCGAGGGUGUCUGUGCAAUCAAAACCCCUACCUUUUACAUCGAUUCUCCUGUCUGUGUGUGUAGAUAUAAAGUGUGUCCUUCUGGUUGUUUUACUCUGUUUAUGUGUGUGUGUGUGUGUGGGUAUUUGUUACGUUUUGUUUGUUUCUUCCCACUCCUUGCCCCAGCAUGAGGCUCAAAAUCAAUCCACCCGCGACACAAAAGCAGCUCAUGGUGCAACACAACACGUGCUUGUCAGCUCAUUGGCGUCCCGAAGAAGACGAGAGGGUAGACGGUGUAACGAAAGCGAGCGAACAGGUUGAAUCCUAAUUGACAACCUGAAUGGUUUGUUGUGAUGGAUGUCGUAUUUUCGGUUCAGUUAUUUUUCCUGUGCGCUUGUCUCUCUGUCGAUGCAGUUCUCGCUGGUUACCAGGGUCGGGAAGGAAUACAUUUUCAGUUCAUUCAAGUCAAAAAAUGGGUGUUCCUCACUGUGUCUAUCAUUUCUCCUAGAGAAGAAAAGAAAGUUGGAGACUGUGCAAAAGUUGUAAUCGAGGGAGGAGGCGAAAAGUAUUGGUUUGGCUUUUUUGGGGAGAGCAGUUGAGGGUCUUAUGAGGGUAUUUUCUCCCAGAUAUACCUUUUAUUUUUAGUCCCAAGUCCGAACUGUUUAACUGUGGUCAAAGAUCACCACAUUUAGGAUCAAGAUCCAUGAUGAAAACACCUCACAACGUUAAAGAAAGUGAGAACAAGGUUUCUGGAUCUGUCCCUUUAUCCAGAUCCACACCAAAUGUUAAUGGGGUCUACUGAGGGCAGAGUCUGUAUUGACAAGACCAACCCACUGAUGAACGUUAAUGAUUCAAAAUGUCAUUUAAAGUAUGGGUUCUGGUUUAAAAUUGGAAAAUCGGUGCAUAUAAUCAGAGAGUGAAACAUCUAUUUUAACCCACCUCCCUAACGCCAGUAUACUUUGUGCAGUCCCAAACUGAGAAGAAAUGUUUUUUUUUUACAUUGGGUGAACUGAAAUAUAAUCCCUCCUCACCAGUCCGUCUCCCUUUCUCUUCCACUUCUGCGCUUUUUGUCCCUAUCCUUCCUUCCUCACUGAAUAUCUUUCAUCCUCUACCUCCACCCCUCUGCUCUUCCAGCCCAACUCUUCCUUCAGCUGUAUCUGCCUCGCUUCGACCUGCUCGUGAUAUUCAUCGGGCCGUGUGAGCAGGGAGCUGCCACUCCGAGUCACAUGUGAUAGAGCCGGGAUUGGUUUCCAGUCAGGAUUCCAAACAGCAAUCACUUCAUGGUCCGACGAUCCAUUAACUCCUGUUUCAGGGUGUCUGCUAUCGCUCCUCUGAUUUGAGCAUUUACUCCUCUCCCUGUGCUCCUGCUCCGCCCCAGGCCCAUACUGCUCUGAGUGAACCUCCCUCUGGCCUGUACCUCUGCAGUUUUACACUGAUGUAGCUAGUGUUGAAGUCUCGCUCUUCACGUUACCUAUACUGAUGCUGCACCCUGAAGAGAUAUUGUGAAAAUCAAUCAAAUGAAUCGAGCUCAGAGUGUAGGGUGUGUAAGCUAAUGCUGCCAAAGUAUGCACUGAUGGCGCUGUAAGGGAUUUUAGCAUUAUAUGUUGCGAAGCUGAGGGAGGAGGCACUUCGACAAAAGCUGCUGCUGUACGCCCUGAUUGUCCUCUUUCUACCUUUUCCUCUUGCCCCCUGCUGCUGCAUCUGUCCCUUACAGGGAAGCCUUAUUUGUCUAAUGCACUAAAUCUAAGGAUGCCACGCCGAACCCCCACCUUACCUCUGCUCCUCCCACAUUGUUCCACACUUCACGUAGUAAGGGGCCCUUUGGUAAUGAUAGUUGUGAUGCCCCUCCCAAAAAAACUGCCCAGUAUCGCAAGAACUUGCGCUCAUAUUGGACAAUUCUGCAGGUUGAGAAUGAAGCACCCACUGAGGACCAGCCACAGAUUUAGCUAACAUUGAGGUUAUGUCUUCAAUAUCUUUUUGGGUCUCUCUCUUUGUCACUUUGUCACUCUUCAUCCUACUUCAUGCCCCGACUUCCUUCUCUGACACUGUAAUAAUUACUAUGGCUACUAGGGAUCAUCACCGCUUUCAGUUUCCAACGAGGACUUUGUAGGAACAUUGUACGUAACUUUGUCCAAAAUUCUUGCCAGAACCCUGACAAAAACAAUUUUGUUCCCUUUUUUCUGCUGUAAUCAGUCUUUUCCUAUAACAAGUGAUUUGUUUUCGUUGGAUAACCUUAAUCAUAGUUCAGUCAGCCAACAGUCAUGUGAUUGCAGAAACGUUUGCCAUAUUGGCUUGGUCCUCUGUUGGUUGGGAAAUGAUGAUAAUAACUAUAACCACAACAUCAACCUUGAUCAACAACCUUGUAUAUAUGGUGCAAAGCAUGGAUGCUGCAGAAAUGUAAAACAUUUCUUGGCACUGAACAUAACACGUGGUCUUGCAGAAUUGUCCGACAUCAAAGUUCUGUCUGAUGACGGGGUUGGAACAAAAAAAAAACAAAAAAACAUCCAGCACAUCCUGAAACAUUUGCACUCUCUAUCUCACGCACAUCAAAAACAUAUUCCAUUCUACUGCUAUUCAGCCAAAACACCUUCCCCCGUCCAGAGUACCUCCCAACUCAGCCAAAAAGACUCCAGCCGCUUUGCAUCCAUAGCUCAGCCAAAAACAAGACAGUGAAUUCAGGCGUCGCCAUGCCUCUCACACCGGACUGUACAGUCGACUUUCUAUAUUAUCUGCUCUGUGCGUGUAUGUAUACAAGUGUGCGAGUGCAUGUGUGUGUGUGUAAAAGUGUGUUUGUGGUCUAACGCCUGCGCCUCAAUGUGACCGUCUGGUGAAUGUGUAGCAUGCUCUCAUGCACGAGGCCCAGACCGUAAAUGUUGUACUUGCAUGUGGUGACUGAUCGCAACGAGACACAAUAGAACACUAAAAACAAAACCAAACCGAACGCAGGCUUGGUUCUUAUACCUGGGAACACACUGUACCAGAGAGGAAUGAUGAGCUUCGAAUUACAUCAUUGUUGGGUGAUUAUAACUGAAAUGGUGUAUUCAAUGUAAUAUUUCCAUUCAGAGCCAAACCUAAAUGUUUCUUAUACUUCACAGCUCAAUGUUAUGUUAAAUGAGAAAUUGAUUCUUUAAGCUGGAUUUAACUGUCUGCUCAUGCUAUAAUCUCCUCCCCAGGUAUGGGAACCAGGGCUCCGUUUUGUAAAAAGGGAGUAGAACAUGUAGCAAACGCACGAGUGUGAGGAUGACUCCUCUCACAUCCUCCCCUCAGACACUUACAGUAUGUCUACUUCCCGUAUCUCCCUCCUCACAACCUCUGCAAGCCAAAGUCCACAAUGUUUGUUUACUUUUCACAUACAGGAGACUGUAGUUUCUUCGAAGUGAACACUUAAGAUACAACAGAGCUAACGGUUUUUCUUGUUGGGGGGGCUGGUUAUAAGCUACUAACGUCCGUUUAUCACAGAGGACUGAUUUUUCUUUUUUUUUUUCGUCUCACAGUGACUUAAGUCAACAGUGCAAUGAUCAUUUCUAAAAGUCCUAGUUGCGAAGUAUUUCAUUCAGAGAUUGAAAGUAUUAGUCUAGAGUCCAUUGACGACUGCAGAUUCGCAGUGAAAGAGUACAACGCCGAAAAAGGGGGGAGUGAACUAAAAGAAAAGUAUUUUUCUAUGGCUGUCUCCCGUCCACAGGUCGUCCUCGGGUAGGUGUGCACAACAGAGCCGGGUGGAGUUAUCAGCCUUCGUGUUCUGUGUUUUUUUUUUUUUUCUUUUUUUGGUUCAAUCACAAGGAGGCCUGGGAGAAAACGGCUAAAAAAAUAUAUUUUUAACAACCGUAGUCUCUCUAGAACGAAAACGCUGAUUUAUAAACCUCGAUCCUUUCCUUUGAAGGGAUUUCGAACUGGUUGCUCUAGACGUCAAUAUGACCGUAGAAGGUUUAGGAGUAGAUCUACUACAUUUAAAAGAAAAAGAAACAUGCAGAAACUAUUUUAAUACAAUUCUAAACAACAAGCAUAGACAAAUAUUGCCACUAUCGCUUUUAAAGUCAGCUACUCUUUGUUUAUUUUGUCUCGGAGAAGGCGUGCCAUGUUCUUCCUGUGCUCUGUGUUUGCUGUGGCCAUGUGUCCAGUCAGUGUGUGUCGGACUUGUUGAGAUUGGCUUCUCUCUCGCAAACAACUAGAUAUUCCUUUUUCUCUUCUGUAUAUUUUGGCACAAAGCUGUAUGAUGUAGUUGUUUUUUUUUUAAUGUCGGUUUUUCUUUAGUUUUUUUAAAUGGUUUCUUCCACAUGUGUGGUUAUUUUUGCUCCUGGGUGCACUGUUUUUGCUGAGUUGUUGAUAUUGCUUCCAUGCAACAAUGAAAGUUAUUUAUUGCA